AUGCGAGAUAUGGAGACUGACCCUCUCUGGGAGGAUACCCUUAUGGGUGGUGCAUUCUGGAAAGAACAAGAUAAGAAGGACCGGUUCUAUAACGAGCUCUGGGAAGAUACUCUUAUGGGUGCGGAGUUCUGGCGAGAGGAGGACAGAAAUAAUCCCUAUGACACUACCUAUCAUGUGCAGUAUUCCGGCAUAUUCUUUCCUGUUGCCUUGCAGAAACAUAUCCUGGAGGGGGGCAGUAUGGACAGGGACACCCUCCGCGGAAUAAUCUCCUCUGACAACAGCAUGGGUGCAAGACAGGCCGUGCUUGCCCAUACAAACAAUAAAGAGAACACCGAGCUGAACGAGGCUCUGUACAAAGAGCGCCGCUCUAGCAUGAGCGAUCUGGGUUCACUCAAAUCUGGACCCUUCUCUGCUGCGUCCAAGAGACACUUCUGGGAUUUCAGCAAGAAGGCCUACGAGGAACCUGUCACUAGCAACAAGGGCCAUACUAGGACAGGCAGAUCUCUCAUCCGUUCUGCCUUUGGAUCCUCUGCUAUUCGCAGCAAGAGUGUCCAGCAUGAAGACUCCAGAUUUGAUUUUGGCUUUGACCCCCAUCCAGGCAGUGAAGAGAACCCUCUCUUGUACUUCAGGGGUGGGGCUUCUUGGAAGUAUAUCGAGCGUAACCUCGAUGUCCUCUGUCUCGAUUUGUUUUGGCCUAUCAAACAGAAAGCUUCCACUGAGAACGACAUGAUUAAAGUCGCAGAGCUUCGUCCCCUGUGCACUUUCCGCCAUCUACGCGUCCUGAAACUCACUGGCAUGAUGCAGUCUUACCAGACUAUGAUAUGGCAGGUCGUCUGGCUUAACCCCGACUUGGAAGAGCUUGACCUCGAGAUGGCGUUGGAACCGUGCAUUAGACGCGGCUUUAAUGGUUACUGGACGUCUAUCAGUCCCGGCUGGAAAAUUGCGGAGAAGGAUGAGCACAAGCCCGUAUACUAUGGCAAUGGCGAUGGUAAUAUUCACAAUGACAUUGGCACCGGCGAGUACCUCGACAAGAGAAUCAUUGAAUCCUCGAGACUUCUCGCGAGAAUGAUGGGCCCGACCAACAGUCGCCUUUCCGUCGUGGUCAUCAGACUUGCUGGAUUUGUUGUCGACGGAGAUCCGUUCGAUCUCUGGUUCGAGCCGCACAGACUCCGUCGUAUCCAAUUCAAGCAUAACUGCGUCGACGCCGGGUUCUAUCUCGGCGAGUUCAUGAAGGACACAGUUGAAGUGAUCUUUCCUAAAAAGGCCGUGCCCAACACCGCCCAAAUUGGCAGAGUCGUCGACUUAGCCAAGGAGCUCAAAGUUAUCGAGCUCCGCAAAGGCAGGAAGAUCAGUGAAGCUCCCUAUUAUCCUCCUGGUGGCUUUCAAAAGGCCUGUUGUCACCAUCGUCACGACGACCAGAUGCCGGCCGAACCAUCCAGUCAUCGCAAGGGUAAAGAGAACGAGCACUCUUGCUGCAAGAAAACUGACGCUGGCGCUCAUGGAGGCAAAGGCAUCAACGCAGACCACCGUGGAGUGGCCACUGGAGGAGAAGAAUCCGACAACUCGACCGACAGAAAGAAAGGUACUGAGCUAUCCAGGGGUAACCUUGCACUCAAAUCCCCCCGUCAGGCGUCUAUGGCAACUGCUGCCCCUCGCCCCAAGGGCGCUCCACGCCACGGACGUAACGCAAUUGUCCCCCGUAUGGUGGGCAAGCUCGCGCAGAAGGGCAAGUCGACCGUUGAGAAGGAGUGAUUCAUGGUUCACUGGUUCACUUGAACGUUGCUGACAGAUUGUCACGACUUUGUUUAUCCCUACUCUUUCCAGUAUCCGGUUUAUCCGUGAUCCGUUUUACAUGCCCAUCGG